AUGGAGAGGGAGGGAUCGAAACGAGAGACAGGAUUUGCAGCGCAGCUGGGUCGGGCCGGGUCAUGUCGGGUCGGGCGAGGCCGGGGCCUGGCCCGGCCGGGUGGAUCCGGCGCGCCACUACGGCUCGGCUCGGCACGGGCUGGGCCUGGCCUGGCCUGGGCUGGGUUGGGUGGAGCGAGUGAGGACGAUGACGACGAGGAGGAGGAGGUUGCUCCGAAGGUUCCGCUGCUGUUGCCGCUGCUGCCGAAAGUAAAACGCGAGAUCCUGCUCUCUCCGCAGAAAGGUACGUUAUAUCCUGCAUUAAGUAUAAGGACGUCUGAAAUACGCGAUAGCAUCCGGGUAGGGCAUUCUGCAAUUGCCUGGUCCUUCGUCCUUGCAUCCGAUGACCUAAGUGGUCUUAAGAGAUUGAACGCUGUGUCCUCUAGUACUCGUGUUACAGAGAGAUAA